AUGCAUUAUAAGAUGAAACCACAUAUUAAUUUUUUGUUUCCUCUUUUGUUAUUGUACAUCCAUUUUGGACAUUUAGCAACUCUAAAGGCCAAUAAAGGUUGCCACAUAGAUUCAUUCAAAACAAGAGCUCCUUUGCUAAUAUACCACGAGACGGCUACCUUAAUUUAUCCAGAAUAUAACAACAAAACCAACUUUUUCGCGGGAGAGAUCCUGGAUAUAACAUGCCCCGGGGCAAGAAUCUUAUCUGGUGGGGAACAACUGACGUCUUUAACCACAAUAACAUGCAUUGACAAAGAAAAGUUUCUAGUUAACGGAAAAACUACGAAAUGGAGUCAAAUAAUGUGUUCGAACGAUGUGAACCCGGAUAUACAGGAAAUAAAAUAUAAUGAAUUAUCCGAAGAUGAUCCCAACAUAAAUUGCAACGAUGCAAAUUUAAAAAUUAUUAAAAUCGGUUUCAAGUUAACAACAGAUCGAUUUGUGGAUUUAAUCGAUGUCUGUUUUGAUUCCAAAAUCAAAUUAGCACGUUACUCUUUUGCUAAAGUGAUUCCUAAUGUAGAAUAUCGUGCUAGAAACGUUUCUAGACCAGGAUUCAGACAAGACGAUUUGUUUUAUAGAAUGGGGAGAUCUUUGAGAAUGAUAUACAGGAAUAACCAAGCGACGAUUAAUGCUAUAGUAAAUUUGGUUGAUAAUUCUACGAAAUACGUGAAUGGAAGAACGUUUUUAAAUCGUGGACAUCUAGCGCCUAGAGCUGAUUUUUUCUUUGAAGCACAACAAAGAGCCACUUUCAGGUACAUCAAUGUAGCACCACAGUGGAGUACUUUCAACGGGGGUAACUGGAAUAUCAUGGAGGCGGACGUAAGAAACUACGUAUCGAAAAACAAUGUGUUAUUGCAUACCUGGACAGGCAUAUACGGCAUAUCAACUUUACAAAAUGAGUAUACCGAAAAUUUUGAAAAACUUUAUUUGUACAUUGACGAUAACGACAGAAGAAAUUCACCGGCACUGCCGGUACCGGCAGUUUUCUGGAAAUUGUUGUAUGAUCCUGUUAACCAAAAAGGAAUUGUUCUUGUAGGACAUAACAAUCCUUACGAAGAGAUCAACAAUCAGGGUCAGAAAAUCUGCGAUCGAGAUGUGUCUGGAUCAGUGUCCUGGUUAAAUUGGGACAAGCAUAACGUUGCGAGAGGAUAUUCCUACGCUUGCAGGACCGAUGAUAAUAAAUUUUUGAAUUUAAUUUUCGAAAUACCAAAAUUUAUCGGUGUCGAUUUAUUAAAUUAG